AACCCAGCUAUUAAGAAGUGAGAGAAUACAGAAUAAAAAACAGACAUAUUUAGUAUUUUCCUUUUAAGGCCCUGAUCGUGCAAACAUAUAUACACAUGCCAGCAGGAUUUGGCUGAGAUGUACUGAAAACUAUUGGUCUACACAGCAGAAAUAUGCAAAAAUUAAAUAUUUUCUGUAAACCCCUUGUCCAUGUAGAAUGGGUCAUUUCUAAUUCAACUGCCGGGGCAAGGCCAUUAUUAACUAUUAUAUUACACUAAUUCCAAAGUCCUUCCUUGGGCUGGAGGCAUGGCUGGGCUAGGGGCUAUACAAGCAGCUGAGACAGUCUAAAGGCCUGAUCCAAGCUCGCUGGAGUCCUGCCAUUGCCUUCAGGGUUCUCUGACUAGGCAGGGGUGUGACAAGCAGGAGGGGCGCAGAGGUGGGUGACAGGUGACAGCACCAGACCUCGGGUCUUUUGUUUUUGGCCUCCCCAGGUGGACGCAGACCAGCACCGACCCCAGAGGGAGACCAGCAUGGCUCUGUUCAGGGCUUGUGACCCAGACUUGCUUCCUGCCCUGGCGGGAGUGGGUGGCGCCCUGGCGAGAGGUGCCAGGAAUGGGGCCCGCCAGCUGGCUGGGACUCUCCUGCAGCCGCGUCCCUCCCCUGGGCCCAUGGCAGCGGCUUCCUUGGCGCCCCGUUGCAGGCGGCGGCUGCGGCACCUGGGUGCGCUGGGCCACGGGCGGCGCCGGCGGGGAGCGCUCUGAGCAGCCGAGCCGGCCGGGCAGCGAGGAGCUGCUGACGGGGGCGGAGAAGCGGAUCGUGGCGCUGCACCGGGAGGCCUGCGCGGCUGGCCUGCAGAACUAUGUGGAUCCAGUUACUGGCUAUUUAGUGUUCACCAAAGUUGCCCACUUGCAGAGAGGAAAAUGCUGUGGUUCUGCAUGCAGACAUUGUCCAUAUGAUCAAGCUAACGUAAAAGACCCGUCCAAAAAGAAGCGGUUCAAUUCAUUUUUUUAUACCUGACCAUCAGUGCGUUUGCCAUCUACGAUGGAGACUGCAGAAACCUAAGCCAGAAUCAGUUCUUUGUGGCUUCGAGUGCAUGAAAAUUGGCAUUCCUUUUAUCGAUCCUGGGUUAUUUGAAUACAUUUCAAUUGUAAUAAAAACCAAGCUAAACUGUG